CUAUUUUUGCUCAACUGUCACAUCUGCUUUUCACUAUGUAACUGUUGUUUAUAUAAAUUUGAACGAAUUUCCUAUUAACAGUUUGUGUUGGUUGCUGGCCGUGCUGGAUCACUUUCUCAUGCGACUGUGAGGAGCUGCUUCUCUCCUGGCUGGUUCCGUCCUCCUGCUAUGGCGUCCGUGUACAGCGGAUCCCACACCUUGAGCAAGGAUGAUGUGAAUUACAGAAUGCAUUUCCGAAUGAUAAACGAGCAGCAGGUUGAGGAUAUCACUAUAGAGUUUUUCUACAGGCCGCACACGAUAACGCUGCUGACAUGCACGGUGCUCAGUCUGAUGUAUUUCGCGUUCGCAAGGGAUGAUGGAAAUCCUGACAGUAAUCUCUGGGUGGGGCUCAUCCUGGUCAUCUCCUUCUUCCUUGUUAUCAGUGUUUUGGCAUUUCCUAACGGUCCAUUCACCAGACCACAUCCAGCAAUAUGGCGAAUAGUUUUUGGUCUGAGUGUCCUCUACUUCCUGUUCCUGGUUUUAAUCAUCUUCCUCAACUGGCAGCAGGUGAAGGAGCUAAUGUAUUGGUUAGACUCAAACCUGCGUUAUGCCAAGAGAGAGGCAGACAUAAUGGACUAUGCUGUGAACUGCCAUGUCAUCACCUGGGAGAGAAUCAUGAGCCAUUUUGACAUUUUUGCCUUCAGUCAUUUCUGGGGCUGGGGUAUGAAAGCCUUGCUCAUUCGAAGCUAUGGCCUCUGCUGGACCAUCAGUAUUACCUGGGAGCUUACUGAGCUAUUCUUCAUGCAUCUGCUGCCUAACUUUGCUGAGUGCUGGUGGGACCAAGUGAUUCUAGACAUUCUGCUGUGUAAUGGAGGAGGCAUCUGGCUUGGCAUGACUGUCUGCCGCUUUUUGGAGAUGAGGACCUACCACUGGGCCAGUAUUAAAGACAUCCACACCACAACAGGGAAGAUCAAACGAGCUGCGUUACAGUUCACCCCUGCAAGCUGGACCUACGUACGCUGGCUGGACCCAAAGUCUUCCCUGCAGCGAGUGAUGGGCGUCUAUCUGUUCAUGAUCAUCUGGCAGCUUACAGAGUUAAACACAUUCUUUCUCAAGCACAUUUUCAUCUUUCCUGCAAGCCAUGCUCUUAGCUGGUGUCGGAUUCUGUUCAUUGGUAUCAUCACAGCUCCAACAGUGAGGCAGUAUUAUGCGUACCUUACAGACACACAGUGCAAGAGAGUUGGGACCCAGUGCUGGGUGUUUGGGGCAAUAGCCUUUCUAGAGGCCUUGGCGUGUAUUAAGUUUGGACAGGACUUGUUCUCAAAAACCCAGAUCCUCUACGUGAUCCUCUGGUUGGUGUGUUUGGCCUUUAUCACAUUCCUGUGCCUGUAUGGAAUGGUGUGGUAUGCUGAAAAUUAUGGUCCAAAAGAAAAGAGCUUCUCAGAAUGUGAAGACAGUAAUUACAGUGAAUUUGAUGACCAGGUGUCAGAAGUAUUUAAAGAAGAGACAGAGCUGGACGACGACAGCCCAACAACCAGACGUAGAGGGAAGGGCUCUGGAAAGACCAAAUCCAUCAAUGGCCUGGACAGCCAGUAGGAGUUGGACCCAGAGGCUGGUGUGCGACUCCCAAACUCACUCCAAGCAGCCAGGUGGGAAGGAUCAUAGGUUGAAAUGGGGUUAAUGAUACAACAACUUCCUGGUGUAAUUAAAGUCUAGAAAGCCCCCACCUACAGUAGAGGGAGGCAGGAUAGACUGAGUGGAUGAACAGGCCCAUGCAAUGUUAUUAGGAGUGCACAGAGGCUUGGACUACAGAGAUGCACACUUGACUGUGUGCUGUAGUCAUAAAAGAACUUCUAAACCACGGAUUACAGAUUUCUGUAUGUGUGAGGAGAGAGAGCGUAGUAAUUUGUGUGUGAAAGAGAAGUGGCAUUAAAAACUGCCAAUUGUAGAUGUGACUGCAUGAUCAUUAUAGCUGAUGAACUAUAAUUUACAAACAUUUAUCCUACAAUACAGUAUAUCAUUGAUGGGUCAAUGUAUAUUUGACUGGUUUACUCCAGCCUUAACUCCAGUACGUUGGUUUAAGACAUUUCAAUGUUAAAAGUCAUUAUGUAGAAUUUAUCACAUUAAUUGGAGCCUCUAUGUUUUUAGCACAGAAAGGCCAAAGUUUUUUUUUAUUAUUUUUUAUUUAUUUAAUAUCAUCGGUCGAUUUUCUUUUUUGCAUCAUACACACUUGUUUUGUGUUUCUAACUUGAAUGUGGGAAGAAUUUCAAUGCAACAAUGGCUUUAGCUUGCUAGGAUCAUUGACUGAGGAUUGUUUUUGGCCUGGAACAAAGCAAAGCACACAGUUUAAGCACUUUUCAGAAUGUUUUCUUGCAAAUACUGUACAUUUUGUAAUGUUCGAGUAUUUUGUGAAUCAUUGUGAACUUGAAUGAUUUUACUCUCCCUGUCCAUCUGUGGCUGCUAUCUUUUUGUUUUGCUGUACUGAUAACGGAGGGCAAUUAUUCAAAUUCCUGCAUGUGUUGUCAGGCUCUACCUGUCUGUGUGCAGGUGUGGCUUUGUUUGACUGUCAACCUUGUUAUGCCAUAUACGUAUUGCAUUUGCAUGGUGUUUUAGUAAGAAAAUGUUACAAGUGUAGUGAACAGGUCUUUGUAUAACAUCACACACCAGGGUGCCAGUAUUGUUAUUUAUAUGUCUUUCACUGUCAUCGUAACAUUUUAAUUUACCCCUGUGCCUGUUUGCAUGUUCUUUAUUUUUAUUCCAAACUUUUCUCAGUUUUUAAUAUUGCCUAAAUUUUGUCUUUUUGUGUUUGAGUCUAUUGUUCUCGAGUGCUUUCUUGAAUGUUUAUUUUUAUUUGCUCUGUCAGCAUCAUCUCGGUACAGAUAUAUCCCUCAUAAUCCUCAAAAAUUCCGACGUUGAUCUCUGUGGAAGGGACCAGGCUCCCGUGCUACAGUAGACACUAUAACUAGUACAUUGUCUUUUAAUUUAGAUGUCAUUUGCCAAAAACAAUUCAAAUGAAAACGGCUGUUCUUUUUCACUGUGAAAUAAUGAAGCAUAAUAAAGUCUUUUACAUUUCCUC